AUGAUUCUCUGGUUCCAAAGAAGGGGUGGACUACGACAGUUGUGGCGACAUGUUUGUACCAGUGUGACACCAGAAUCACUGCCAGCUGUAUAUCUAAGUAAAUUGGAAAACGCACGAGCAGAGACGAAAACCAUAUUGCCAUUAAAUUCUUUUGCAUCAUUGGGUAAAGUGACAAAGUUUCAGAAUGCAACCAAGAGGAGAAUUGAUGUAUCACGACAUUUGGAGUUAGAGAUCCAGUCAGUUUUCCAUCAAGUUAUUAAAUUGCAUCAUUGGUUCAGCAACAAAAAGGUUCUUGAAAGUACAGUAGACUUGAUAAAUAGAGACCGGGGCCAGAUAUUAAUUAUGAGGAUCCAACUAGACCACGUUUUCACCUCCCAUCAUGUACCGUCAGCAGCCGAAAAGAAAGAAAUUGACAGCCUAAUACAUAGUGUGGUUAAAAAGAUAUUUGAUUCUAACCUAGAUUUUGGCAUGAAAUUAGACAAAAUGUAUCCUCCAGUCAUAAAAUAUUAUCAAACAAGCGAUGCGUCCAACUAUGUUCAAGCCACUUUACAAGUAGAAACCCUGCAACUCACGGAUCUAAACUGCAAUAUAAAAAAAAUGGCUACAAAAUUCCAAAACCUUCAUAAAUUGGCGUCAUCAAUGAAGAGAACAGACCAAAAGUCACCACCAUUGGCUUUUUAUGGCAGCUUGAAAAAAACUUCAUCAGGUGUGAUUCAAGAGAUAAUAUUAUCAGAAGCACUACAAGCCAGGAUAUGUAACCGCAUCAAGCAAACAAUCGCACAUCGUGGGGAAGUAAGCAUUCUCGGUGAAGAACCAAAGGCGUCUGCAAUAAUUUCUCAAGUAGGCAAAGAAUUUAGAUUGUCAAUUAAAACCAAUGUGUAUGUUGAACAAUACCCAAAGAAAUUUGCCUCGUUUCAUUACAAAAGAGAUUUAAGCGAGAUGAAUUAUGAAAUAGUACAAUUAGUUUUUAAGGGCCUAAAGGGUACAGGUAUCGAACUUGACGAGAUUUAUACACUAGAUUCUUUAGUGAAGGAGAAUUCGGUAGUUCUGACAUCCAGCAAAUUAAGGAUCGUGUUUGCUGAAGAUUAUUUAAAGCCAAGUGAUUCGACCCUCAUAUUCCCCGAAGUAAACGAAGAGGUAUUGCCGAAAAGACGUAAACUAGAUCGAAAUUCAAAACAAAGAGAUAACAAGGGAUUCAGAUUUGUUAAUUUUGACAAGUUACAAGGGAUAGGUUUAGCAAGUUAUAAGAAAGCGGGCCCAGAAAAACCUUGUUACACAGUGACCUUGACAGAUUGGAAUACAGGACGAGGAGGAGGAGGCUACCGACCGGUUUUGGGAUUAUCACCGCUCACAGUAACUAGUGUAGCAGGCAAGAAUUUUAAAAAUCCUACAAACAGAGAAGUGAUUGAACUAAUUGGGUUUCUGAUACUUCGCGAGCUUCUGUGUAAAUGGGCUAUAACCAAUUUGACAAUCAAGCCAAUUCAUAUAAUAAAUGGGUUUCUUGCUAGUGUACGAUCAGCAAAGCUCAUGGAACAAAGCCCAAAAGGGUACAUCAAGCUUGACUUGAUCAAUGCCGUCCAAGCAUAUAUGGGGCUCAAAUACUUGGAGGAAAACAAGAUUGAUGGAAUUGCAAAAUGGUAUAAAACUAGACUCGAAACAAUAAAUCUAAGUUUUUAUUUCGAUAAAGAUACAUGGAUAACUAAACAACAACCCAAAUUAGAAUCCUUAUGUCAAUCACACGUCGCUGGGCCUUUGGAUUUAACACUUUUUUCACAAGUAAAUCGGCCAACUUUAUUGAAAUAUUUACCCCAUAAACUUCCGCCCAUACCUCGAUUGAAUAACAACUUUCUUUAUUCUUUUAUUCGAUUAUCUUUCUCGCAUCCUUUCCACAAUAAGAAGCACAACAAGUUGAUUUAUUUUAAAAAGUCAUUAGACGGGUUAGGAGAUGCCAUUUUGAAACGGCUCUCCUGUGAAUAUUUUAUGAAUGUGCUGCAAACAGACCCAACCUUUAAAUGGAACAUCGAUGACAUUCAUUUCAUCAAUACAAAUAUACUUUUUGGCAGAUUGGCAAUUGCCUAUAGGUUACAUGAAGGCAUACAAAACGAAAAUUACUCAACAUUUAUCAAAAACCGAUUAUUGGGCCCAUUAGACUCGGCAAAUGUAUUCUUGGGUAAUCAUUUUGAAAUUCUUGUUAGUGUAUUAUACCUUGAUAAUCCUGAAACUUGUAAAGAAUGGAUGUUUAAAGUGUAUGACGCUAUUAGGGGCAACUUGACAACCUCUAACGAAACCGAAACAUUUUUGGAUAAAGAAAAGUAUAUACGUCUUUACGAGCACCAGUUAAAAACACAUACACUUUAUUGA